AUGACCUACCGCAUAGCCGACUUUCCCUUCUUCCGCGCCCUCUUUGCAUUCGCCUCAGUGGACCCAAAAGUGCCCAUCAGCUUCAGCACCGCGCAAUCGAGGUACUUCUAUGAGAUCUUCAGUGCUACCACCGAUAGAACCCUCUACGUGCGAGCCGUUAUUUACAAAGGUACAGGAGCAAGUCUUGAUAGUAGAUAUUCUCAAGUGGAUGUGCCGGCAGAGCAGUCAAGGGUUUUUGUGCCGGUGGGAGAGGAGGAGGGAAAGCGCGUGAGCUUCUCAGUGAUGUCUACCCCUAUCCUCUCUACGCUGAAGCGUCUCGAGCAAUUGUACACAAUUGCUGGCGGUCUAUCUUCGCUUCCUAACAGUGUCCAAGUAUUGUUUCCAACGGAAGCAGCAGGAAAAGCUCUAAAACUUCUCCUCAGUGCCCAAGCCAUACGGUUUAAUGGUAGGUCCACCAAAGAAACGCCCUGGGAAGAAGAUAAUGACCAAGUGGGCUGCAAUAGCGAUGGAUCUAUAGCGUGCAAGUCUCGAAUAAGCUUAGACGAGGCUCGUGGCGCGCAGGAAGAUGUCAUGGCGACCUUGGACACAACAUACUACGUUCCUCUUUGCUGUGACGAUGCGCUAAUCGCCACGUCCAUGGCAGCAGCUAGCUUUGUGCUGCACCCUAGCGACGAAAAGGUUCUCAUCACACUGAGAGUGGCCUUCUUCCAUGGAAUGUGCAACCAGAUCCUGAAUUCUGCCAAUUCCUUAACGGAAUACAAUCUGUUUCUGGAAUUUCUGAAAGAAUCCGUAAUGAACGUUCCCUCGUACCGUAUCCGCUUAUCUGCGACGUCUGACAUUUCAGGAAUCAAAGCAAUUGCGGAGCUACCAAGCAACUUGACCACAAAUACGUCUGGCAAUGUUUGGUUACAGUGGUCCCAGAAGAGUAUAUGGACUCCUUGCGCCAUCCAGUUGGGAAAGUCACAGCUUGCGCUACUUACUAAGGCCCUGAAGCUAUAUGUCGGCACAUUUGGCCCCGACAGCCAGAUGACGUUGAUCAUCACCAAGAAUUACGAACUAGUUCUGCGAAUCCCUCUGAACACUGCUGGUGGAGACCGCGCAGCUAUCUUCACUUUCAUUGCUGUGUGUGUGGGGUGUGACUUAUGA